AAAAAAGUGAGAGUAAGUAGUCAUACAGUUCCUUUGUGAAUUAAUGCCCGAAACCCACAUUCCAUCUUCCAAAACCAGCUGCAGAUUUUUUUGUUAUUCCAGGCUUUUCAGUUUCUUCGUGGCGGGAAAAUCAGCUGCUGCUCUUCCACAAUCCCACGCGGCUGCAGCCAUGUACUGGCUUACAGCAAGAAACGCCGUCGUUCUCGUUUACCGCUGCCGCUCUCUAUCCUUCCUUCUCAGCCCCUCUAUCCACCGCCCUUUCCUCCCCUCCGGUUCUCCUCAUCAUACUGGACAGCACAGUCGCAUUUUUUGCUUCAAAGAGAGAAAGCUUUAUACGAAAACUUCAAAGAAGCUUAAACAAUCAAAAAUUUCAUUGGAAGAUAAAGAUUAUGCUCAUAUUAUCUGGUGGAAGGAGAGAUUGGAAUUGUGCAGAAAGCCUUCUUCUGUUCUACUGGUUAAGAGGCUAGCAUUUACUAAUUUAUUGGGUGUUGAUAGUACCUUAAAGAAUGGAAGCCUCAAAGAAGGAAAUCUUAAUUGCGAAAUGUUGCAAUUCAAGUCAAAAUUUCCGCGGGAAGUUUUACUAUGCAGAGUCGGAGAUUUUUAUGAGGCUAUUGGUAUUGAUGCUUGCAUCUUAGUAGAAUAUGCUGGGUUGAAUCCUUUUGGUGGUUUACGUUCAGACAGCAUACCUAGGGCUGGUUGCCCCGUGGUGAAUUUACGACAGACACUGGAUGAUCUGACCCGUCAUGGUUUUUCUGUUUGCAUAGUGGAGGAAGUUCAGGGUCCAACUCAUGCUCGGACACGUAAAAGUCGCUUUAUAUCUGGGCAUGCACACCCUGGCAGUCCUUAUGUGUUUGGGCUUGUUGAAGACAAUCACGAUCUGGAUUUUCCUGACCCAAUGCCUGUAGUAGGGAUAUCUCGCUCGGCUAAGGGGUAUUGUAUAGUUUCGGUGCUUGAGACAAUGAAGACUUAUUCUGCUGAGGAUAAUCUGACAGAAGAAGCAUUGGUUGCCAAACUUCGUACUUGUCGGUGCCAUCAUUUGUUCCUCCACACAUCAUUGAGGAACAAUUCUUCAGGUACUUGUCGCUGGGGAGAAUUUGGUGAAGGUGGACUUUUAUGGGGAGAAUGUAAUGCUAGACAAUUUGAAUGGUUUGCUGGUGAUCCAGUGAAUGAGCUUAUCUACAAGGUGAAAGAGAUUUAUGGCCUUGAAGAUGAUAUCACAUUCAGAAAUGUUACGGUUGCCCCAGAAAAUAGGCCAAGUUCUUUAUACCUGGGGACAGCCACACAAAUCGGUGCUAUUCCAACUGAAGGAAUUCCGUGUUUACUCAAAGUUCUACUUCCUUCAAGUUGUGUUGGCCUACCUAUCAUGUAUAUCAGGGAUCUACUUUUGAACCCUCCUGCCUAUGAGAUUGCAUCAAAAAUACAAGAAGCCUGUAAAUUGAUGAGCAACAUAACCUGCUCCAUUCCUGAAUUCACAUGUGUUCCCUCGGCGAAGCUCGUGAAGUUGCUUGAGUUGAGAGAGACCAAUCAUAUCGAGUUCUGCAAGAUAAAAAGUGUUCUUGAUGAUACAAUACAACUGUAUACAAAUUCAGAGCUUAGAGAGAUUCUAAUGUUGUUGAUGAAUCCUACAUCCGUAGCAACCGGACUCAAAGUUGAAUUAGAGACGUUAGUGAGUGAAUGUAGAUCAGUUUCUUCUAGAAUUGGUGAAAUAAUCUCAUUAGACAGUGAAAACUACCAAAAGAUAACCUCCUCUACCACAGUCCCGAAUGAGUUUUUUGAAGAUAUGGAGUCUUCCUGGAAAGGUCGUGUCAAGAGGAUCCAUUUAGAAGAAGAAUGUGCUGAAGUGGAUGAAGCUGCUAAGGCCUUAUCAAUUGCUAUUAAAGAAGACUUCAUCCCUAUAAUUUCGAGAAUCAAAGCAACGAUGGCUCCUCUUGGUGGACCAAAGGGAGAGAUACUAUAUGCUCGUGAGCAUGAAGCUGUCUGGUUCAAGGGAAAACGUUUUGCUCCAAUUGUUUGCACUGAUACCCAAUUAGAAGCAAAAAUCAAACAGCUCAGACCUGCCUUGGAUUCCAAAGGCAAAAAAGUUGGUGAAGAGUGGUUUACCACAAUAAAGGUGGAAGAUGCGUUGACCAGGUAUCAUGAGGCUGGUGACAGGGCAAGAAGAAAAGUUUUACAACUUUUAAGAGAAUUAUCUGCUGAACUACAAACAAAGAUCAAUGUGCUAGUUUUUGCAUCAAUGUUGCUUGUCAUUGCAAAAGCAUUAUUUGGCCAUGUCAGUGAAGGAAGAAGGAGAAAAUGGGUUUUCCCUACUCUCACUCAUCAACACAAAUCUGAGGAUGCAGGAAUGCUACAUGGAGCUGAGGGGAUGAAGUUCAUUGGAUUAUCCCCUUAUUGGUUUGAUGCAGCUCAAGGUGGUGCUGUACGAAAUACUGUUGAUAUGAAGUCAUUGUUUCUAUUAACAGGACCUAAUGGGGGUGGGAAAUCAAGUCUGUUAAGAUCGAUUUGUGCCGCUGCACUACUUGGAAUAUGUGGACUGAUGAUCCCAGCUGAGUCAGCUGUUAUUCCUCACUUUGAUGCCAUUAUGCUGCACAUGAAAUCCUACGACAGUCCGGCAGAUGGAAAGAGCUCAUUUCAGGUUGAGAUGUCGGAGAUUCGGUCUAUUAUUACUAGAGCUACUUCAAAGAGCCUGGUGCUUAUUGAUGAGAUAUGUCGAGGUACUGAAACAGCCAAGGGUACAUGUAUUGCCGGUGGUGUCAUUGAAACUCUUGAUGCACUUAGUUGUCUGGGUAUUGUAUCCACCCACCUUCACGGAAUAUUCGAUCUACCACUGAAAACAAGAAAUGUGGUGUUCAAAGCUAUGGGAGCCGAAUGUGUUGAUAAUCAAACCAUGCCCACAUGGAAAUUAAUCGAUGGGGUCUGUAGAGAGAGUCUUGCAUUUGAGACAGCUCGGAGAGAAGGAGUUCCUGGAGAAUUAAUCGAGAGAGCAAAGGAAUUGUAUGCUGCAGUUUAUGAACCGUGCGCUGCUCCGAACAUUGUUGAUACAUCGAACAAGGCAACGAAUAGACCAAGUCAUUCUAGAAAGGAAAUUUCUUCAUUGGUGAGAUCUGCUGACACUAUGAGUAAGGAAGUGGAGAAAGCUGUGAUCCGCAUAUGUGAGGAAAGAUUGAUGGAGCUGUACAAGAAGCAUCAUCUCUUGGACCAGUCGCCGUUGAGAUGUGUGUUGAUUGGUGCUAAGGAACAGCCGCCUCCGUCCACCAUUGGUGCUUCGAGUGUUUAUAUCAUGCUUAGACCUGACAAGAAACUCUACAUCGGAGAGACGGAUGACCUUGAGGGUCGGAUCCGUACUCAUCGUUCCAAGGAGGGAAUGCAGAAGGCGUCGUUCCUCUACAUGUUGGUAUCAGGGAAGAGCGUGGCUUGUCAAAUGGAGACGCUUCUCAUCAACCAGCUCCCGACUCAAGGUUUCCACCUAACUAAUUUAGCUGACGGUAAACAUCGAAACUUUGGCACAACUGAUGUGUUAGGAAGCGAGAUGAUGGUCAGAUGAUGCAAAAAAUUCAUGUUAACAAGAUGUAUAUAUAUACACUACUCGUUAAGAGCUAACCUUGAGGUAGAUUUGCAGCAAUUUUGGAUCGAUUUCAGCUGCUUCACUCAGUUGAUUCUGCUAAAAGUUCUAAGCUAAUCUUGUUUAGAAGCCUUUUUCA